AUGAUACCACGCGAACGGAAGGACUGUGCUACACUCCUUCGAGAUGAAAGAAGCUCCAGACAAAAACAUAAUAACAUCACCCGGAAACGAAGACUCGAUCUCAUGAGGGAACUCGUCCGAACCUAUGAUGCAAGAAGUUACAAUGAGCUAUACAAGAGACUCAGUGUACAAGAUACGGACGACAUCUACGCAGAAUACGGUCCAACCUGGAAAGAGACAGCAGAACACUCUAUCGCGAAUUACUGCAAGGAAAUCAUACUAGAACAAGAAACCAUGACAUUCGAACAGAUUCUUACGAGCAACCACCAUAGUCGUACCUGCCAACAUCCGGCAGACACACGACAAGGAGAAGAGUGGUUAGAUUUACUGAUCAACGUCAACCACAUCAACAAGCGAGAAAUCCCUCACAGCAGUGAUGAACAAAUUGUGUACACGAAAAAACGCCUUCGUCAUCGAGGGACCCACAACAACCGGUAA